GACCGGGGCCGAAUUUUUGGAGCCCACAGAGAAUUCGACUUUUAACAGGACGUAAUGGAGAAAAAUGAAUCAUGUAGCCAACUCCAUGUUGUGGGAUAAAGACUUAUUCUUGUUAUAUUAAACCUUCCUAUAUGGUUAAUUUUUGCAAAGUCCAUGCUCCAUUCUGCUUUCCUAUAAUUUGAUUGUUUCAUUAUUAUCAUUAUCUUGAUGAUCUUCUUUAUUAUUAAAUGCUGGCAUAAAAUUACUUAUUUAAUCCCAAAUUUAUAUCACAUGACCUUGUAGUACAUCCUUUUUAAAAUAACCUGAUAGAAUCGAUACAAAAAAUAAUACUUCAAAAAAGUUACUAGAUAGGGAAUGUGUAACAGAAAACUAUGAAGACCUUUGUUUCCUUUUCCAUGGUAUUUAACUUUCAUAGUGGACGUAACUGAUCAGGAUGUAUUCAUUUUCGACCAGUCUGGGUUUUAUGGUCGUGCUGACUUGUAUGAUAGACACAGAGACAUGCGGCUUGAUGUUGACAACAUGUCAUAUGAGGAAUUAUUGGCACUUGAAGAGAGGAUUGGCUAUGUUAACACUGGUCUCAAUGAAGAAACCAUUUUGAAGUCCCUAAGGCAAAGAAAAUACUCACCGUGCAAUCUUGAAGUAGCAUCAGCUGAAAAGGAGCCAUGCUGUAUCUGUCGGGAAGAUUACAGUGAAGGAGAAGGCAUUGGCACUCUGGACUGCAGACAUGACUUCCACACUGAUUGUAUCAAACAAUGGCUAAUGUUCAAGAACUUAUGUCCUAUCUGUAAAACAACAGCUUUAGUCACUUGAAGUUCACACACACCACAAAUCUCUAAUGGGAUGAAAUGAUUUCGUCUCCAAGAUUAUUAAAUUUAUUAAUAAUACUUGGCAAUCUUUUUUGUUGAACUUUAAGAAUAUUUCCCUUUUGUAUUACCAAUUUUCACCUAUUAAGCAUGUCCAAAAUUAGCUUUGGUCUAUCUGAA